AAAUUUGUUUUCUUUUUCAAUUUGGUUUAAUUGUCGUUGGUUUUAAUUAGUGUUAAUUGUAAAUGUUUAUUGUUAAAAUGCCUGAUUGUCAAUCUCGAAGGGUUAAUAAAAUUGAAUUAUGUGAUCUCACCUUGGAUAAUGUUAAAUGUUUCCGACGAAUCAAUCAAAUCAUUUUCCCAGUUAAUUACAAUGACAAAUUUUACAAAGACGCUUUGGCUUCGGGUCAAUUGGCUAAGAUUGUUACUUUUAAUGGUUCCAUUGUUGGUGGAGUUUGUUGCCGAAUCGAUACAAUUAACCAUCCAAAGAAAUUAUAUAUCAUGACUCUUGGGUGUUUAGCUCCAUAUCGGAGAAUUGGAAUUGGUAGCCUGAUGUUAAAUCAUGUUUUAAAUUACGCGGAGACCAAUGGAUUUGAUGGGCUAAUGUUACACGUUCAGAUUAACAAUGAAAUCGCUUUGGCUUUUUACAAGAAAUUUGGAUUUGAGAUUAUCAAUACUGCGGAAAAUUAUUACAAGAAAAUAUCUCCAUCUGAUGCGUUUGUUUUACUCAAAGAUUUACGAAAAAGUUGACCACUCAAAAUUAACUGUUAUGUUGAUAGUAAAAAGUUUAUUUAAUCAAUUUUAAAGUGAAACAAGAAACAACCUACUCUCUGUCAUGUUGACUUCAAAUUUUCAUCGAAUCAUCUUAAUUGUUUGGAUCCAAUCAGUUUCCUUGUCCAGUUUUCGAUCGCCUUUUUUAUCGAGUUGAUGGUACCUCAGGUGCUCCUGAUGGAGGUGCUGGAGGAGGAGGCAUUUCCCCUGAGGGUGGAGGUGGUGGUGGCGGUGGUGCUCCUGAUGGUGGUCCCGGUAUUCCCGAUGGAGGUGCUGGUGGUUUAGCAUCGGCUAAAUUAACUGUCCAUUGACCAUCAUCGAAAC